AUGCCGUGUUCUUCCACUGACCAUGCCCACAGCCAACACCCCAUUGUGCCUUCUUUGGACCUCACCUCAUCCAUUAACCAUGUCAUUCUGGCCUUCAUGGGCUGUGGCACCUUCAAUGAAGAGGCACCGGAUCCAAGCUGGCCACUGUUUAUGUCUGUAUCCGAAACACGAUCCAAAUUCAAGCCUGGAACUAAGGUCAUGGUCGCAAUUGGUGGAUGGGGCGAUACAGCAUUUGAUGAUGCAGCCCGAACGGAGCAGAGCCGUCAGAGGUUCGCGCGGAAUGUGAAGAAAAUGGUCGAUGCCACGGGUGCAGACGGUGUGGACAUUGACUGGGAAUAUCCUGGCGGCAACGGCGAGGACUACAAGCAGGUCCCCAACUCAGAGAGAAAAUGGACCAUUGCAGCCUACCCAAGACUGCUUGCCGCGGUCCGCACGUCGAUAGGCCCCGAUAAAGUCAUCUCCGCAGCGGUCCCUGGCAUCCCACGCGACAUGCUUGCGUUCACCGCUGAAACCGAGCCGGUCAUAAUGCAAUCCGUCGACUUCCUCAACGUAAUGACGUACGACCUGAUGAACCGUCGUGACAACGUAACCAAACAUCACACUGGUCUGUUGAAUUCACUCGAGGCCAUCGACUUAUACAUCAGUAACGGCGCGCCGCCUUCGAAGCUCAAUCUUGGCUUUGCCUUCUACGCUAAGUAUUUCCUGCUGGAUCCCAACCACCCGGAAUCCUGCGCAAAAGGACGAGGCGUGGUCCCGGGCUGCCCAACGGGUCUCAUGGAGGACCCGGAAACCGGUGCCGACCUGGGAAAGACCGGCGGAUUCAGCUGGCACGACCACGCCAAAAGCCCACUCCCUCCCAUCAUCGAAACAUCGUACCUGAAGGCGCUGAGCCAAGGCCGGUACGAUAAUGCCGAGGGUGGUUAUUUUUACUUCGAUCAGGACGAGAGCCUGUGGUGGACGUUCGACACGCCCGAGGCCAUCUUGAAGAAGUUUCCGGCCAUCGUGGACUUGCGCAAGCUGGGCGGGGUGUUUGCUUGGGGUCUUGGAGAGGACGCGCCCGAGUUCAAGCAUCUAAAGGCCUUGAACGCGGGAGUCGAUGGAAUGACCGGCGUAAGGGACGAGUUAUAG